GGAACGCGUUUGCUUUAGGCGCGCACGUGCGACACGUGCAACACGUGCUCGUGGGAUCCCUCCCGGGUCGUGCGGUGCGGCACAGUAAACGGCGCGGGUCGACCGGAUACGAAGCGUUACAAAAAUAACAACAAAGUUGCUCCUGCUCGAGUCUGGACGCUGAAAUGAAGGCGAUUUCCGCGUUCGCCGUGUACAAGCCGACAACGAAACCAAAUGCAGCCACCAGGAGCCCAAUAAAUAACAGGGAUGUCGGUGCGAAGCGUAAGUCAGCCAUGAAAAAACAGCUUCGUCAGGGCUUGACCAAUGAGGUGAGGAGAAAAGCCAAAGAUAAGAGGCGAGGGAUGAACACCAAGGCGAAAGGAGGACGCAACUUGAAGCAGCAAAAGGCCAUCAACGAUCUUGCAAUGGAGGCAUGCUCCGAGAUGUCAGAAGGAUGUGCAGCUGUGCAGGUGGAGGAGGAAUCAGGGGCUGAAGAGAGACAGCAGAAUCUGGUUGCAGACACAAACAGGCAGGUGAUGGAGAUGAGAAGGAAAGCAGUGGGAGGAGCUUGGCAGGUGAAAGAAGCAGAGAAGAAUAUGACGAGGUCCCUAUCGUCACUCCUCGGCUCACUGGACCUUGUGCAGAACAGCCGACAGCGAGCAGAGCAGCUUUUCCAAUGGCUCAUCAAUCCCUUCCCAAGCAAACAAUUCUUCAGAAAGCAGUGGGAAAAGCACCCGACCUUGCUACAGCGGCACAAACCGGACUACUUCCAAGGCCUGUUUUCCACCACAGAGUUUGACCGAAUUUUGCGAGAGGAAGUAGUUCAUUUUGGGGUGAACCUGGACGUGACUUCGUACAGAGACGAUGUGAGGGAGACCCACAACCCACCCGGUCGUGCACUGCCCUCUGUAGUGUGGGACUUUUACCAGAAUGGCUGCUCCCUGAGGCUGUUAAAUCCCCAGUCAUUCUCCCUUGCCACCUGGAAAGUGCUGUCGAUUCUGCAGGAGAAGUUUGGCAGCAUGGCUGGUGCCAAUGUGUACCUGACUCCGCCAGGCACCCAGGGCUUUGCCCCACACUAUGACGACAUCGAAGCCUUUGUGUUGCAGCUGGAGGGGAAGAAGCACUGGCGCGUGUAUAAUCCCAGGUGUAAAGAGGAAACGCUCCCAAGAUUUUCAAGCCCCAACUACAGCAGCGCUGAUGUGGGAGCCCCCAUCCUGGAUGUGGUCCUGGAGGCAGGCGACUUGAUCUACUUUCCGCGUGGGUUCGUGCAUCAGGCCGCCUGCCUGCCCGAUGUGCACUCCCUGCACCUCACGCUCUCUACCUUCCAGAGAAACUGCUUCGGUGACCUGCUCGAGAAGAUAAUGCCGGCUGCUCUUCAGACAGCCAUUGAGGAGGAUGUCGCGUUUCGGGAGGGACUACCUCUUGACUAUCUGGAUUAUAUGGGUGUACAGAAUUCCGAGACGGAGGACCCACGAAGAGUUUCCUUCCUCCAGAAGGUGGACAAGCUGAUCCGCAAAGUGGCAGACUAUGCCCCAGUAGAUGCCGCUGUUGACCAGAAGGCCAAAGAUUUAAUUCACGACUGUCUGCCGCCAGUGUACUCAGCAGAGGAGAAGGCAUGCAGUGUGCACGGCGCACCCGUGAGGUGUGUCAAUGGCAAGAUUCACGACCUAGUCAUCAACGUUGACGGAAACACACAGAUAAGGCUGCUCCGUGCCGGGGUCUGCAGGCUGUGCAGCGAAGAAGGGAAAGUCAAUCUGUAUUACACCGUGGAGAACUCUCGCACAUAUCACAAGGAGGAGCCCAAGUGCAUUGAAAUUGACGAUUAUAAUGUGGAGGCUCUGGAACACCUGAUUCAUAGCUACCCCAAGUUUGUGACUGUGGAUAGCCUGCCUUGUCCUGCCAUCGAAGAAAAGUGCAACCUGACCAUGGACCUAUUUGAAAAGGGACUCUUAACCUUCAAGGAACCACUGAAAUCAGCAUAAAUACAGCUUUUAAAAGACGUUCAACCCUCACUCAUUUGUCAAAAAAAAUAUCCAAUCUGUUUUAAUACUGGUAGGAACCACCUGGUUCCACCAGCCCACGGGAUUAUUGUGUCCGUCCGUCGUGCAUCCAAAAAUGG